AUGUUAUUUUCACUACCUGUGCGGAAGCUCAGCACGAAGGUCAUUUCCACUCCGGGCUUCAACUCGGUAGAGUCGUAUCUUAAUUAUGCGCAGGUCGUUGGAACGUCUCCGAAAUCAACAGUGUUUAGGGGAUCCUUGUACGAAAUCUCAUUUGCAGACUUCCUUGCUGAUCACCUAAGUUUGAAACGAAUAGUACUCCAAGGAGGUGCGAACGAUGGAGGUAUCGAUAUGCAAGCCACCUGGAACUUGAAGCAGCUGAAACGUGCACCUGAAAAGCCUGCAGACGCCUACUUGGGUCCUGCUCUUAAGCACGUUGUUCCAUUUGUUGAGCAAAAACAGAGUGAUGCUUUUAAAGUGCAUUUAUACGUGCAAUGCAAAUGCUGGAAGCGAAGCAAAAUGGACGCUAAAAUGGUUCGUGAGCUCACAGGGACAUUUGCAGACUUCUUUGCUAGAGAAAAGCUACAAAAUAGGGCGUUGGUCAUGUUUGUCACUCCUACAGGUGCCACAAAAGUCGGGCUCGCAAAUUUUGACUCAAGCGUGGUCCCCAUGAUAUUCGUCAAGUUCAGCGUACCGGAACUCAAGUCCCCAGGCCUAGACCCAUACAACGCCGAAAAUUACAUCAAAGGACGGGCAGAAAGUUUUUACUGCAAUCCGAUAGCACAAGCACUGUUGUCCGGACUCGACUGGAAGACAUUUGCAAAUACAAUUGUACGCAAUCAGAGAUAA